AUGACUGGUCAGAUCCAUCGCGUGGCCGUGAUCGGGGCCGGAGUGAGCGGUGUCGUGUCCGCAGCACAUCUUCUCGCGCACGGCAUUGACGUGACGGUCUUCGAGCGGAAUCAUGCCGCGGGCGGUGUUUGGCUGCAUGAUGCCCGACGGCCCCUGGAACCACACUAUCCCUCUAUGAAGCCUUCGAUAUCGGAGAGGCAUCGAGAUGAGGUUGAUGGGAAGGAAGGGCUGGAGCUUGAGCAUGCUCCGCCGGGUCCGUGCUACGACGGACUGCGGAACAACGUCCCCACGUCGUUGAUGCGCGUCAAGCUCAAUGCCUGGCCCGAGGGAACCCCGGAGUUUGUCAGCCAUCGUGUGAUGAAGGAGUACAUCCAGGACACGUCCGCGAAGGCAGGCUCGGACGCGGUCACGAUAUACGGGGCUCGAGUCACGAAACUGCACAAGGACGAGGGGAAUUGGCGGUUGACGUGGUCGACGCUCGAGAAGAGUGAAGAGUCAGGGGCUCUUGAGGAACAGGAGCAGACUGCCAGCUUCGAUGCGGUAGUGGUUGCUUCCGGGCACUAUCAUGCGCCUCGCGUGCCGAAUAUCGCUGGAUUGACGGAGGCGAAAGCGCAGUGGCCGUCGCGGGUGACCCACUCGAAGGGAUACAGGAAGCCAGAUGGCUUUAAAGACAAGACCGUCCUGCUCAUCGGGGGCGGCGUCUCAUCAACAGACAUCGCGCGCGAGAUCGGUCCCCUAGCCAAGACAGUGUACCAAAGCACACGGAACGGCGAGUUUGAUAUCUCCGCCGACGUGCUUCCAGAAAACGGGGUCAGAGUCGGCGAAAUAGAACGCUUCGAGAUCAAAGGGCAAGCUACCCCAGAUGAGGCUUUACCUAUCACCGCGCAUCUGAAAUCGGGGCAGAAGCUGUGCGAAAUCGACGCGAUCAUCAUCUGCACCGGAUAUCACAUCUCCCUACCCUUCCUACCAGAAUACCACGACGACGCGACACCAGCGGACAAAGCGAGCGAAACGAUCCUAGUAACAGACGGGACGCAGGUGCACAAUCUUCACAAAGACAUCUUCUACAUCCCCGACCCAACCCUCGCAUUCGUAGGGGUGCCCUACUACACAGCCACCUUCACGCUGUUCGAAUUUCAAGCCAUUGCUGUCGCGAACGCUUUCGCCGGGAUCGCGGCGCUCCCUCCCACGUCCGAAAUGAAGAGCGAAUACGCCCGCCGAAUCGCGGAAAAGGGCAGCGGGAAACGAUUCCACUCGCUGAAGGACAUCGAGGAAUUCUAUGUCAUUGAUCUGCUCGCCUGGGUCAAUGCGUUCCGGGUCCAGCACGGACUCCCACCGAUCGAGGGCCACUCUGACAGCUGGCACCAGGGUAAGGCGGCGCACCGGGAGCGGAUCAAGACGGUUCUCACUGGGGCGGCAGAGGCGAGCUCGCGACGAGAUAGUGGCGUCGGAGGACUUCCGGUGCUGGCUAUCUGUCUGGAUUUUAAUGCCAUGGCCCCCUCACCAGCUGUAACCGAUGAACGAGAUGGGAUUAUCCAGAAAGCUCCUAAACAGAGAUGGGUCAGCUAUCUCUGGGAUACAUUUGAUAAGCCGCCCGAGGAGCGCAGGUUGUUGUUCAAGUUGGAUUCGGCAAUUUUGACAUUUGCGUCUUUGGGGUAUUUUAUCAAAUACCUAGACCAGAUUAACGUCAACAAUGCGUUUGUUUCGGGGAUGAAAGAAGACCUCGGCCUAUACGGCAACCAGCUGAACUACAUGCAAGCAUGCUGGACAGUCGGGUACGUGAUCGGGGAGAUACCCAGUAACAUUCUCUUGACGCGAGUGAGACCGAGGUAUUGGAUUCCGGCGAUGGAGUUACUCUGGACAGUCCUCACAUUUAUCCUCUCACAAGCGACCAGCGCGAAACACUUUUAUGUGUUGCGGUUUUUUAUCGGCCUAGCCGAAAGCACCUUCUACCCGGGAAUGCAAUAUAUCAUCGGAUCAUGGUACCGACGCGACGAGCUCGCCAAACGGUCCUGUCUCUUCCACACAAGCAGCGGGGUGGCGAGUAUGUUCUCGGGGUAUCUGAUGGCGGGGGUUUUCACGCUGGGCGGAGUGGGGGGGUUGAAGGGGUGGCAGUGGCUCUUCCUCAUCGACGGCAUCAUUUCCGUCCCGGUCGCAAUAGCAGGAUUCUUCGUUCUGCCGGACGUGCCUGAGAUUUCCGAUCCGUGGUAUUUGAGUAAGGAGGAAAUCAAACUCGCGCAGAAGCGGAUGGAGCUCGAAGGCCGCAAGAAUAGAGAGCCGUAUACGAAGGCGAAGCUGAAGAAGAUCUUCUCGUCGUGGCGGAUUUAUCUGUUGACGAUUGUGUAUAUAGCGUUCAACAACGGCGCGGCGGGGAGUCAGCCGGUUUUUCAGCAGUAUCUGAAAGACUCCACACACCCGACAUACACCAUCGACCAGAUCAACGCGUAUCCCACCACCACGAAUGCGGUUCAGGUUGUUACGACGCUGAUAUACGCUUGGACAUCCGAUACCAUCCUCGGCGGAAGACGCUGGCCAUGCAUCAUCUUCGGCGCUUGCAUAAACAUCAUCUGCUACGUCUCCCUCGCGAUCUGGAACAUCCCCGUAGGAUGGAAAUGGACCUGCUAUAUCCUCAGCGGGGCAGGAUAUGGUCUUAGUGGGUUGUGUAUGGCAUGGGCCCACGAAAUCUGCGCCUCCGACAACGAAGAACGCGCGCUAGUGAUCGGCAGCAUGAACGAAAUGGCGUACGUCUUCCAGGCGUGGUUGCCGCUGAUCGUGUGGCAGCAGGUCGACGGGCCGCAGUACCGGAAGGGGUUCAUUACGGUGACGAUUAUGUCGGUGAUACUGAUUGUAUCGACGGAGGUGACGAGGCGGUUUCAGGCGUGGGAG